AUGGGACGACCACUUGCCAAGAUGCUCUUCUUUUUUGCGACGUGCCUGCUCCUUGCUUCCGCAGUUUCUGCGUCAGACAGCCCAUCCUCAAAUGAAGAAAAUCCGAUCGUCAUCUCAUCCGAAAACAUGGACUACGACACCAACACUAUCACAGUCAGAGAGGGUAAGAAACUGAUGGUCAGCUGCGUCUUUGAAAGCAGUGAACAAAUUCAUAAGAGUGAUCUUCUCUGGAAACAACCAAACGGAAACAAUAUCGAUGGAGAAACCAAUCCAAGUCUCUUCGCAGUGGUUUUGAACGAAAGAGGUAGCAAACACCGUAAGACUUCUCUUCAUUUCUCGUCGGUUCACACUAGAGACACUGGACACUACACAUGCUCUGCAAGAACUGCUGGAGGAGAAACCUUCGAGAAAACGAUCAAAUUGGUUGUUCUUCCAACGAUCGAAUGGAAUGAUAAGGAAACUGUAAAAGGAGCACUGCUCGGAGAGCCAAUCACCAUUGACUGUGGAGUCAAGAGCCCAUAUGGCUCCGACCCAAUGAUUCAAAUGAGUAAUGGAAACGGAGAACCACUCGAUGAGGAAAUCUGGACCAUUGCUGGAAACGAGGCUACCAUCCACAGUUUGAAAAAGGAACAUGCUAACUUGGCAGUUUCCUGCAUUACUAUCGAAAUGCAUCAGGAAGGAAACAAUGAGGAAUUCCCAGUGGUUGACCGAAAAGACGUCAAAAUCGAAGUCUACACUCUUCCAGAAUUCAGUACGGAUGAAUCCAUUCAGUACACCGUCAUCGAUAACCAUGUUCGUGAUGCUAAUGUCUACUGCAACGUCACCCACUCCUUCCCACCAGUCCGCCACUACACUUUCUAUCAUAAUGACGAGGAAGUCAAGUUGACUGACAGAUUCAAUAUUUUUAUGAACGUUGGACGAAACCAAGGUGCUCAUCUCAGAAUCCACAAUGUCAAUGAAAACGACUUGGGAACAUACAAAUGCGAGGCUAACAACAUCAAAGCGAAAUCUAUCCACACUGUUCAUCUCAGAGAAGCUAAUGCCCCAGCUGAGCCAAAAGUGACACUGAUUGAAGCCAAGAAAAUCUCAAUUGUUUGGAAGGUUGAAUCCAUCGACCGCGAUCCAGCCCUCCCAGUCACCGCCGUUGAAAUCCGUCACCUUCGUGCUGGAACCGCCGAAGCUUCGGGUGUUGCCGAUGAGGACAUCUCUGACUCGUACUGGAAGAGCCAUUCUAUCUUUAUGCAGAGAAAUAUCAAGGAGGACGGAGUUUAUGAGAUCAGUGGAUUGAGACACGGACACGAAUACGUCUGGAGAUUCCGUCAAAUCAACGAGGCUGGAUUUGGUGAAAGCGUGGUUCUCCGUGCCAAGACACUCGACGACAACGAUUUGGAAUUGAUGGACUCGUCUUCUACUAUCACACUUCCACUCACCAUUGCCACACUUUUCUUCGUUCGUCUUUUCGUCUAA